UCUAGACAUCAUCCCUGCCUUCGCAUAGGGUCUCUACGCCUCUGGAAAUUGAUCUAUUCCAGACCCCACUCCGCUGUCGAGCCCCAUCCACAGGACGAUCGCGGCACUGGCUCCAGCGACAGGCGAGCCGAGGAGGAGCCCGCACGACAUGGCAAUGUCGUUCGUCUGAGCAGGGACAUGAUGGCUCUGACAGACAGGAUGACCCAGGAGUACGACGAUGAUCUCUUUUUACCUGCCUAAGUGGCACAAGGCGGUGGGCGUCAACCGCCGCACCAUUACACCGGCCUACGAUCACCUCCUGCUCAACCUCAACGCCCUCUGCCCGAAGAUGACAGGCUCGAAGGUUCUGGGAGUCUUCCGCUCCUCCGAUCCAGUCGAUCAGCUUCUCGCCCGACUCGAGACAGCCGUGAGCCAUGCCAGCGCGGGCGGCCGCCUCCGCCCUGCCAUGGCGAGCAGCAACCGGCAUGCCACUAUCGCUCGUAGCGACAUCCCGGUCUCGCGAGCCCGAGAUGGUUGCUACUUGUCAGACAUCGACCAGUUCACCUUCGCUGCCGGCAGUGCGCUCUCCCGUGGCAGCAAAAGUGAGGCAGGCAGACUGAUUCGACACUAUUCUCGGCAAGCCCUGGCUGCAAGCGCACGGUAAUGAACUCCUGGGUGGUCAAAAUGCGCUGAAGCUCGGCGGAAAGGCGUUCGCAUUGGCCAAGCGCGCUUUGACGGCCGCAUCUGCUAAAGCUAUCACCGGGCUGUUCACCUCCUACCACACACUUGAAUCCGACCAGACUAAGCGCAACUACCCCUCCACCUCUGCGGAGAGCGUGGGGGUGGGGUCGGUGGCGCAUGUGUGCGGGUACAGCUUCGCCGUCGAUACCGAUCCUUCCAGUCCGACUCGAUUGAGUGGAGGGUUAGACGCCACCGCACGCCCGCUCCCUCCAGCUCUCACCAGCUGCGCACCGGGAGCUCAAAGGGAUGCUUGGA